AUGCGCUUUGGAGGCUUGGCAGCAACAGUAGCAGCCUUGACCGGUCUGGUCGAGGCGCAGACCUCGGUGUCGGCCAUCAGCGGCGAUGGCCCUCCGGCUCCCAGCUUGUCGCGCACCGCAGCGCUUGGCAGCUGGACUCCGAAACCAGUCUCGGACGGCUUGACGCAGCCUUCGUUGACUGGCAUGGGCCGUACCAUCUACAUCAACAGCGCUAGCGACUUUUGCCUGCUGAUGCCACCCGAUCCUACGACGCAGAACCUCGUCGAUGCCGAGGCGGUCGCUGUGUCAUACUGCAUCAACCCGGUCAAUGGCUCACGACCCAUGCCCGAUGGCUUGAUCAAGACGGCGCAUUUCCGUCGUACACCGAGCUACAUCCAGAUUUCUGGCACGUACGAUCCUGCCGUGAUGAAUCUGGGCAGCAACGACUGCGGAGGCGAGUACGAUUCCGAAGGCGCCGAAGGCAUCGGCAACCCUGCUGGCGUGACGAUGCGCAACGGAAGCUACUUUACGCAGUUCAUCGGGGCAUGCGAUAUUCCUGGUCAUCCGGUUUUCUGCAUGCGCAUGUGUCCCAACUACGAGUACUGCCGAAACACGUUUGACCUGAUGGGCUGCCUGUGGAACCAGCCCGGAGACUACGACCAGCCGCAAGCGUUUACAAACUGCGAUGCCAACGCAGACCUGCCCAUUGGUGUGUACAACAGUAGCUACACGUUCAGCCAAGGUAUGAGCGUCACUCCUGCGCCUGUUACUGCACCGGCCUCAUCCAACUGCCAAACGGUCGUUUCACCUACGGCGAGCGGAGUGACCUACACUUGGAACCAGGUAGCAGCUGCUUCAGCUACGGCAAUGUCGACGGGCAAGGCGGGCAGUGGCUCGUCUAGGUCUCCAAGCAGCUCCACCACCAGUGGCAGCACCAGCACCAGCACCAGCAGCAGUGGCGGUGGCGGUAGCAAGAAUGGCGCUUCGUCUGUUUUGGGUGUAGUCAACGUGUAUGCUCUGGGUGCCACCGUCGUAGUCGGAGUGAUAAUGAGCGGGACUUGGUUGGUGUAA